AUGCGUGACUCAGUCACUGCUUUCUAGCACUUGAUCAACUUUCACAUGUAGCCAUAAACAACGCUCUCCUGGUUGAGUCAGAAGAAAUGACAACUAUUUUUUACACCGAACCUGAAUUGGUGCUUAGCCAUGGACGUAAAGUGCUGUUCAUCAAUCCGAAUGACUUGCAAAUCUUUAAAGACAUCGAGGUGCCAGCUGACCUAACCACAUGUGGAUUUAAAAUUGAAGCAACGGACGAGGGCGAGCCGAAAGCGACUUGUGGAUCCAAUUUAGAGGUGUCAAUAUUAAAUGUGUGUUAUUCACCAGAUAGACAGCUGAUAGCACUAACUACUGUCGGGCAAAAGGCUUUGCUACUCUACAAAAGCCGGCCGGAGCAUGCAUUGUUACUUUCUGUGCGUGCUUUGGCUCGUGCCUCGAGUGCUUUGGCAUUUGCUCCUGACUCCAGUUCCGUUCUUGUGACAGACAAGACUGGGGAUUGCUAUCAAUACGAUUGCGUGGAGGUGGAGGCACCGCCCAAACUGCUGCUUGGCCAUCUGAGCAUUGUUUACGAUAUAGUAUGGACACCGGAUCUGAAGCAUAUCAUCACCUGCGAUCGGGAUGACAAGAUUCGGGUGACAAACUAUCCGGCUACCCAUGAUAUACACAGCUAUUGUCUGGGCCACAAAGAGUUUGUAUCCGGGCUGGCAUUGCUGCCAGGCAACGAAGGUCUCCUAAUAUCGAUUUCAGGUGAUAAAACAUUGCGCUUGUGGAACUAUCUGACGGGCAAGGAGGUACUGCAGCAACAGUUGCCUGCUCCAGCUGUGCGGCUUCAGAUGCGUGAGCUUAUCCAAUCCAAGCGUUAUCUACUAGCCGUGCUAUUCUACGACCAUGUAGAAGCCAUUGGCCUCUACGAAUUGGAGCUGAAAGAGGCUGCCUGGUCGAUUGCCAAGGAGUCUUUGGUGCGCGCAGAGGCGGGUAGCUGGAGCAUAAGCAACUUUGCUUUGACCAGCGAUCGGAUCUAUGUGGCUGGUGCUGUAAACGAACGCCUAACGCUACGCGUGUACAACAGCGCCGAUGGAAAACAGGCGGAGUCCGUGCCAGCGGGUUGGCUGGACAUGGUCAUGGAAAACUUUGCGGAACAAACGUGCGUGCCAGAAGACCUGUCCGCGUGGUUCAAGAAGCGAUAUGACAACAUUAGCGAAUAUAUGGAACGUAAAAAGCGACGUAUCGAGGAUCAACAACAACAACAUCAGAAAUGAGACUCUCAGGAGGACGAGGAGCAGCAGCACCAGAAGAAGAAAUGAAAGGUGCAACAGCAUCAACACCGAUAACAACAGCUGAAAUAAGACCUACAGGAGCAGCUGCAGCAACAGCAGUAGCUCAUCUAAUCUUAGUAGAAAUUCUUCAAUUAAAUCUUCUGCAGACAAUUAAGAGAUGAGAAAUAUAUGUAUAUUGUAUGUAUACAAUAUAUUACAAUUGCAAAUAUUGUAAGCAAGGAUGUCGAUCUUUACAAGGGCGGGCUGCAUUUUGAGUGUAUGUAAUCGUGGUACUGCUGAUAGCUAAAUAUGAUUCAAAAUUGUAUAAUAAACUCAACAGUUAAGAAGAUUUAA